ACAGAACAGAAAGGAGCGUUGUAGAGGAGACUUGCAUCACAGUUCGGAGCUGCAGAGGCACGAGCAGUCUGCAUAUUUUGAUCUUCUCUGAGGUGCCGGGAUUAGAGACUGAAAUCAGAUAUGUCUGUUGUCACUGUCAUGGCACUGCUGGUCGUCCUCAUUGCCCAUGAAGGUAUGAGUGCUGGAGAUGAGAGGACGGCUUUGCGUUGUCAGUGCAUAGCCAUGGAAAAAAGGCCCAUUGGUCGUCUUAUUGCAACUGUGGAAGUGAGACUUCCGACCUCCGACUGCAGGGAUAAGGAGUAUAUUGCCAUUCUUAAAAGGAGUGGGAAAAGGGUUUGUCUGGAUCCUACUGCACCCUGGGUCCGAAAGGUGCUUGAGCAACGGGUCAAGCGGACACAAUGAAAAACAAAGCUUCGCAGAUUUGGCUCAGAGGCGAGGGAUGACUUUUGAGAGGAACACCGUCAUCACAAGGGGCAGGCAAAACAAAAGGGUGGGAUGCAAAGGGAGGGAGCACAAACUUUGUUUUAGCUGAUGGGAAACAUUUGUGUAGCGUCUGUACCCAGGUGUCAGCCAGGAGGGACGGCACGGCGACACAAGAUGGUAUACGGUCUGCUUGCUGUAAAAGAGCCACUUUGUAUUAAAAAAAAAAAAAAAUCAUAUAUACUA